UUAUGAUAAUCUUCCUUCAUAUUUGAAGCAAUGCUUUACUUAUUGUUGUUUAUUUCCAAAGGAUUACAAAUUUCAUAAACCAACCUUGAUUCAAAUGUGGAUCGCGCAAGAGUUCAUUAGGUCUCCAAGUCAAAACCUAGAAGAUGUUGGUCAUGAGUAUUUUAUGGAAUUACUUUGGAGAUCAUUCAUUCAAGAAGUUGAAAAAGAUGAAAGGGGAAAUAUAUUACAUUUCAAAAUACAUGACUUUAUGCAUGAUCUUGGGAUAAUGGUAGCAAGAUUUGAUAGAACCACUUUUUAUUCAAACAUGGAAGACAUUAAUAAGAAUGCCCUUCAUGAGUUGGAGUCAUCAUUGCAAAGUCAAAUCUCAUUGUUUAAAGCUAAUAGGGUAAGAUCAUUUCUUUUGCCAAGUCACCCAAAUAAUCCAUGUACAAGAUUGGAUAAGUCAACUUAUAAUGCAAUUGUUACAAGUUUUAAGUCCAUUCGCUUGUUGGUUCUACAUAAUCUAGGGAUUGAAACAAUUCCAAGUUCUAUUGGGAAGUUGAAGCAUUUAAGGUAUCUCGAUUUAUCUUAUAAUGAGCAUAUCAAGACUCUUCCUAAUUCCAUUACAAGAUUACAGAAUUUGCAGACACUCAAACUCACUGCUUGCACACAACUUGAAGCACUGCCAAGAGAUAUUACCAAGCUAGUCAACCUCAUAUAUCUUGAGAUUAGUGGCUGCAUGAAAAUGACUCCUAUGCUGCAUGGACUGGAGCUAUUGCGUAAUCUUCGAAUAGUGCGACAAUCUGUGGUUGGAAAGGACCUAAGUGAAAAUAUACCAAUUGAACUACUUCAUGGGGAAGAUGCUGCAUUAGAAUCUAAGGUUGCAAAUUUGAAAGAGAAACAAUACCUUCAAGUCUUGGAAAUGCAUUGGAUUGAAGAUGAAGUUGAUGAGGGGGAUGUUUCUGAUGAGAAGACACUUGAAGCCUUGCAGCCACAUCCAAGUCUUAAAGUAUUGUCUUUAUAUAGGUAUUGGGGAGUAAGCUUCCCAACCUGGCUAUCAUCACUCACAAAUCUUGUUGAAUUGGCAUUAUUUGGUUGUAAGAAAUGUCACCAUCUACCUCCGUUGGAUCAAUUUCCUAAACUUAAGGUUCUUGAACUUGAUUCAUUGCUUGGUUUGGAGUGCAUAUCAAAGAGAGAUAGCAAUGAGGAGUUCUCUAAUUCUUCAUUCUUCCCAUCUCUAGAGGAGCUCAAACUCAAGUAUUGCCCUAAACUAAAGGGAUGGUGGCAGAGGAAGGCAGAGAAUCAUUUACUGCCUAUAUUCCCUUGUCUUUCCAAGUUAUGUAUUAGGGGAUGCCUUAAUCUCACUUCAAUGCCUCUAUUUCCAUUUCUUGAAAAGCUAGAGCUGUAUUAUUGUAGCUUCAAGCCUUUGGAGCAGACAACACAAAUAGCAAUAGCAGCAACAACAAUAGCAUCAAAAUCCUCUUCUUCUUCUUCUACAAUUUCCAACUCCUCAUUCACCCCUUUCUCUAAAUUAACAUCUUUGGAAAUUGGACGGAUGAAGGAACCUCUACCGGAGGAGUUCAUGCAGAAUCUUAAUUCUCUCAAUCAUCUAUUGAUAUAUGAAUGUUGUGGUCCUCUCAUUCAAGGUAUUAGACAUCUCACUACACUUAAGAUAUUGGACAUUUGUUCUUCUGAGGUGUUUGAUUUACCAAAUGAUGUGAAUGAGAUGGAAUGGCAAGGCCUUAGGAAUCUUAAGUUUCUAAGUCUCUUUCAGCAUCUAGAAUUGGAGUCCCUUCCAGUGGGGCUUCAACAUGUCACCUCCCUACAAAAGCUCAUGCUUGAUUAUUGUCCUAAUUUGAACACUAUACCGGAGUGGAUUUGCAACCUCAAGUCUCUUCAAUUACUACAAAUUUUGCAAUGCCCCAAAUUGAAAUCACUACCUGAAGGGAUUUGCGGCCUCACCUCUUUGCAUACACUAGAAAUUUCAAAGUGUUUCAAUUUGACUUUAUUUCCUAAAGAGAUGGGUGGUCUUGCCUCUUUGGAAGAAUUGUAUAUUUCAGAAGUCCCCAAUUUGAUAUCGCUUCCCGAAGGAAUACAUAGCCUUACAUCUCUGUGUAUACUAGACAUUUCGAAGUGGCCCAAUUUGACAUCAUUGCCUGAAUGGAUGGGUGGCCUUGCAUGUUUGGAAACACUAUAUAUUUCGGAAUGCCCCAAUCUGGCAUUGUUGCCUAAAGGGAUGCAUGGCCUUACCUCUUUGAAGACAUUGUGUAUUGAGGAUUGUCCAAUCUUAUUAAAAAGAUGCAAUAGGGAAACAGGUGAGGAUUGGCAUAAAAUUUCUCACAUCCCAAACUUGCUAAGGGACCGACAGGGAAGAAACUUAGAUGAAGAACCAAAUGAAACACCAAAGGAGCCUGCUCCUAAGAAUUGCAGCUUAAUCAAAAUUUUUGGGUGCGACAAGUUUUAAACAAGUCAACAACUAAGAAAUUGGCUUACAAAGUAAAGGUGAGGCCCUAUCUCAGUUUAUCUAAAUCAUAAAGAUGAAAGCUUUUAAAUAUGAAUUUCCUUCCUAUGUGCUUCUCUUGAAGAUGGUGGGUUCUCUCUCUCUCUCUCUCUCUCUCUCUCUCUCUCUCUCAUAUUUUUAUUAUGGAGAUUGUUUGGUUUGAUUUGAUUCUUAUUUAUCUAUUAGCUGUGAGGAGGUUGAUGGAGGAAGCAACACAUUCUAUGGAA